AUGCUGCCACCAUCACUGCCGCCACCACUACUGCUAAGAGGUCUGAGUAAACGUGAUCGUACAACAUUUUCAAAUUUAAAAGAAUUUGUAUCAUCAAAUGAAAAUUGGAAACGUUUAAGACAUCAUUUAACAAAUACAAAAUUACCAUAUAUUUCAUAUCUUGGUAUUUAUUUAACUGAUCUUAUUCGUAUUGAUACACUACAUCCACAUAGUGGUGGACUUGAAACAAAUCAACGUAAAAAUACCAUGAAUAAUAUUUGUCGAGUUAUAUCAGAAUUUCAACAAUCAACUUAUGGUUUGUUUUAUUUAUAG